AUGGGUAGUACACCAAGCAGACCGCUUAUUCGCAACAACAAUGAUCCAAACGUCCCACCGUCACUGCGAUUUUCCAGACAUCGGCAAAUGAUCCUUUCGUCUGUUUUCAGCGUUCAUCGAAGGUAUCUAUGUUUCUCAACAGCGCAUUCUUACGAGCGGUUCAAGGCUGCGGGUAAAAAAUAUGGCACUGCGCAAAAUUUGCGGGACGAGGGUCUGGGAGUACCACUCUUCGAAUUCGAGGACCCCAGUGCACUGACAAGACUCACGAAUUCCGAUAUUGGACGUUUUCAGAUUUCAAAAUUUGUGUAUCAAUCGACCUCGCAACCCCCACCACACCCGGAAAGUACUGUGGUUUGUCAAAACAAAACUCAUGUCAUCUACAAGAUGCCCUUUUGCAUAGUGAACCGAAUCUACAGCGGUAGCCGAUCCGGCUACGAAUUCUCGUUCUACACCCCUGAUGGAAUUCUUACUGUGAAAGCUUUAAAACAUCAUUUAUCUAUUGAAUUGGACGCACUCCUGGGCGAAUGGAACGUUGGCUGGCGCCGCACCCGCUUUGAGGACUACGACCUGUUGGUACUGCCACCACAGGCCCGAUCACUUUUGGAUCCGCCUGAAGUGAGCGCAUCCAAACCUAGCGGUAGUCAAAGUCGCCAAAAGUAUGAGCGUAAUGCAACCUUGUGGGCAAAAUACCUCGAUGCCGGAGAGUCGUUCUUACCCGCGAUGUCCAAAAAAUUGGCAGUGCUUGAAAUAGGUGAAGUUGAGUUCGAAACUGAUGCUACUGCAUACGGAUUAGCAAGUAUCCCCUGGUUUUCGCAGGUAAUCGCGUGUAUGGCGUUGGUACAAUGCCAACGUAUCCAACAAACAAGACGCAAAAACAAACGGGGCAGAAACAAUUGGGGCGCAGCAGGUAACAUGCAUUUUAAUACAGUUAACAUGGUUAAUACGAACAUUGCAAAUGGAACUUUCUGA